AUGAAGGUGCUUAUUAUUGCGUUGCUGGUGACGAUUGCAGGUGCAUUUGCCAGCGAAAAUCCCUCGGCUCGCCUUACCGGAGGAACCGUCACAACGGCCGGUCAGUACCCGGCCGCCGUCAGCAUCGAUACUCCUUAUCAAUUGCACUGUGGCGGAACGAUCCUUAACCUCAACCAUGUCCUGACAGCCGCGUGGUGCGUCAUGCACCCUACUACGUUUGUACUGCUGAAUCCCUUCUGGCUGCGAGUAAUCGCCGGUGACCUCAACCUGGUCCCCGUCGGAUAUCGCCGUGAAACCCGAAACGUAACGCAUCUGUUCGUUCACCCCAACUACAAUCGGGUGACCAACAACCACGACUUGGCCGUAAUCCGCGUGAAUGCACCAUUCCCGGAGUUUCACAACACAAUCGAACCGGCCAUAAUGAACACUCGGCUUCUUCCGAUUAACACUCAGUGCGAGUACGCCGGAUGGGGAGCUGCUACGAAUGCAGUAGGUGCUCCGCUGAAUCCAGCACAACGUUCCGCUGUUGCUCCUAUUCUGACAACCGUAUCCUGCAACGCUGCCAACAUCCACAACAACCGCGUCCUGCCUACUAUGAUCUGCGCUGGAUCGCUAACCGCUACCGCCAACACCGUCUGUCAGGGCAACAUCGGCGGUGGUCUCUACUGUACCGGACAGCUGACAGGUGUGCUCACCUUCGGACUCGCUUGCGGCGCAGCCAAUCAACCGGGAGUGUACAUCGACAUAAGACAGUACCGUCAGUGGAUCGACACCCAAUUCACACGCACCGACAAUCCACAACCGGGAUGGGUUCCCAGCCCACAGUAA